CAUUUAAAACAAGAUAUCGUUGAUAUUAAAUUGAUUAAGAUUCCAAUUCAAUCGCAUAUAAAUUGAUUUUUUUGUUAGAAUACAUUCGAACUAGGCAUAAUUGACAUAGAAUUUUUUGUUGACGACUUAGUUGGCAUAGUUACGGCGUCAGGUUUCUCCAAACCACGUGAAUCACGUUCCGUUUUGUUUGUACAAAGAUCGUCAGCGAAAACUUUCCUGUUGAAUCUUGCACUGCCUCUUCCAUGAUCUUCAUCUCAUUAUGUCGAAUCCUGAUGAUAUAAAAGCCAUCUGCGAAUGCCAGUAUGUUGGAGAAUGCACCUCCGAGACGAAGAAUUGUAACAAUACUCUCAACAUACACGAGAUCGACGAAGAGGAUAGUGAGACCGAAGCAACAACAACUGUAGAGCAAUCCAAUUCUGCUUCGGACGAGGAAGGCGAGAUCGCAUUGGCGACUAAAAACGCGCCGGAUGACGAAUCCGCGUAUGUCGCGGAGUCCUUCUACUCUGACGAAUCUUGUGACGGGUCCGAUAUCACCAACGUCACCUCAAGAUCGCUGAAUUCUUCUCUGCUCCUCGUCAACGAUCUUCAGAAUAGUCAGUGCUCGAACCAGAAUGACGUCGAAGUCGAUGAACUGAGGUGGGAAGACGACGAGUCCUGUCAGCUGAGCGACGAGCCGCCACGCGCGGCCACGGCGGACAGGUUAAUCAAGUCGAGGAGGUGCAGGCGAUGGAACAUGAGCUUCACCGACGAGGAAAUGCGCAGGAUCGAGCGGGAGAACGAGCUGCUGCUGAGGAAGAUCAUGGCGCAGCAGAAGCCACGGUACAAGAUCCUCGGCGAACGUACGGUUCAGCCCGGAAGCAGCAGUUCCGCGAUAAACAGGAGAAGGCUGCAGAAAAAGAUAGACGAUGAUAAUCUGCUGCUCCUUAAGAGAAUACAACAGGCGAAGUCGUGCGUCUUCUCGAAUGCAUCGAAAACGGGCUGUAGAUUGACGUUUUUAUAGAAUUUUUACAUUACUGCUACAUCGAGAAGGAUCUUUUGUAUUCAUCGGCAAGAGCAGCGUCAGUCAUAUAUCCGCUGACUCAAAUUUAAUAAAUUGGAUGUUAUCUGUGAAGAAGCAGCGGUACAAACGGUACACCAAGUUGUGAUACAAGUUGUCAUCUUUUAAUAUAUGUGUGAAAUUAAGGUAUUCGCAUUGUACUGGCUGGAAAUAGCUUUAUGACGCCCUUCCGACUCCGAUAUUUCCGCGAAGAAAAGUUCUUGAUUUUUCCAGAUAGAAAACAUUAACUUCGUACUUUUUGUGACUUCUUUAUUAAAACACAACGAUUACCAGUCUUGAAGAAUAGGUACACAUUUCUUUCAUUUUUCAUAUUUUGUAUACGGCGCAACCUUGUAAAACUCGUCUUGAAAAUUUGCUUGAAGGUAUCUCUA